UCAGACAAGAGAAAAAAAAAAAAAGGAAAAAGUCUUGUCGAGUUGACCAUGGAAGAUGAUCGAAGUAACAACAUCCACGAACUCGAGUUAGAAAAAUCAGAUCGACCUGUUUGGUUAAUGAAGAGUCCUGUAGUAGUCGCCAAAGCCUGGUCAAAGCAAGCUCCUUCCUCUUCUUCGUCCUCUUCGUUCUCUUCCUCUGGAUUCAAUAGCUUAGCCAAAGUCGUUGAAUCCCUUGAUCCUCUACAAUCAGAAACAGAGUUUUUUAUGGAGAUGGUUGGUGCUGAGUACGGGAACAUGCCAAAGACCUACGCUUUGAACAUGUUUAAAGACUUUGUUCCAAUGGGUAUCUUCUCAGAAGCCAAUCUAGGUGAUCCAGCUAGUGAAGGCAAAGUAGAACACAAGUUUGAUAUGAAGCCACAUGGUGAAGACAUUGAAGAGUAUGCAAAGCUUUGUCGAGAGAGAACAAGCAAAUCCAUGGUUAAAAGUAGACAGAUACAGGUUAUUGAUAACGACCGUGGAGUACAUAUGAGACCAAUGCCUGGAAUGCUUGGUUUAGUUUCAUCCAAUUCAAAGGAGAAGAGGAAGCCUGCUCCAGUGAAGCAAACAGAGGUGAAGAGGACGAGGAGAGAUCGUGGGGAGCUUGAAGCUAUAAUGUUUAAGCUAUUCGAAGGCCAACCAAACUGGACUUUGAAGCAGCUUGUACAAGAGACAGACCAACCAGCUCAGUUUUUGAAAGAGAUAUUGAACGAGUUGUGUGUGUAUAAUAAGAGAGGAUCGAACCAAGGGACAUAUGAGCUUAAACCAGAGUAUAAGAAAGCUGGUGAAGAUGAUGCAGGAGAGCAGUAAAAUGAAUCUCAUGUGUGUUCAUUGUCGAAAUGUUAUAAUGUUAGAUUUGGGUUUGUUAUGGGCUUCCAACUUAAAACCAAUUGGUGAUUAGUGGAUUGGCACCAACCCUUUAAUUCUUAUAUUUCCGAUGUGGGAUGUUUCUCAUCAAUACCCUCCCUCACGCUCAGACAUCUCUAGGUCUGAAGCGUGGACAAUGUGGGAAUAACAUCCACAAAGGGUCCAACAUCGGUUUAGUAGUAAUUGUAGUAAAUUAGGUCAAAGGAUCUUAUGGCUCUGAUACCAUGUUAGAAUUGGGUUUGUUAUGGGCUUCCAACUUAAAACCAAUUGGUGAUUAGUGGAUUGGCACCAAUCCUUUAAUUCUUAUAUUUCCGAUGUGGGAUGUUUCUCAUCAAUAUAUAACUACCACGGAGUUAUUUUGAUCAAAGAAACUUUAGUGAGAGAAGAGGGGGUUUACAUUUUUAAUUUGUAACUAGAUCUUGACCCGCGCACCGGCGCGGGUUUAACUUAAUUUGGAAACGCAUAAUAUAUUCAUAAGUCA